AUGUCGCCAGCUAGCGGCCUUCCGUCCACGCUCACCGUCACCGUCUCCCCUCUCACGGGUAGAUCAUACCGUGCUGCCUGCGAUAUCCCCAAGGGUACCUGUGUCCUGGAUGUUUCGACGCCGUACGCCGAUAUGCUCUACAAGAAUUUCAGGAAGGAAGUCUGCGCGGAGUGCUGGCGAUACGAGCUCGGGCGGACCGACUUCUUGACCUGCCGUGACUUUGUGGAGGCGGGGCUGUGGUUUUGUGAUGGGCGGUGUCGCGACAUAUGGCUAGAGCGGGAGGGAAUAGAGACGGUGGCCCUGCUCAGAACCCUCGAGACCGCACGAAUACGCAGUGGAAAGGGCAAGGCCAAACAGGAAAACUUUACCACGCCCGAAAAGAUCACUGAGGAUGCCCUCGCUCGGGCCUGGGAAGAAGUUGCGUCGCAAGAGAAACAGGCAAAGACCCUGGCUAGAUGGAAGAUGAUCAAGCUCGACGACUUCGAGGCAGAUCUUGCGCGAUAUGUUCUUGUAGCUCUCGUCCAUUUGUAUCGGGAGUUAAAAUCGAACGCUACACGGUCGGACAAGGACACUACCUCUGAGCCCGCCGAUAUCUCUCACUCUUCUGGCACGUUGAACUUCGGUGGGGCCACCUGGCGAGACUUCGCCGCCCUUCAGUCUGGGGAACUGCCGCAAACGAGCAUGUUUCCCGGGCUCUUGGAGAACUGGAUACGGGUCUACCAGGUCUUGAAGUCGCGCUUUUCGUACAAGGGCCCACGGUCGUCAUUAAACACGCACAGCAGCCCGACUGACCAAGCAGCCAUAGUGGACCUUUCUGACGUGAUCACACCCCAGAACGUCAGGACUGCCCUGGGAGCAGACCUCAGUAACUCGUUCGGCAUAUGGCAAGUGCCAGUCGCAGCGGAGAGCGAGGGACUCGGAUUCGGAACCUACCCCAUUCCUUCGAUCUUUAAUCACCAUUGCUCGCCGAAUGUUCUGAAGGAACGCAUGGGUCGCCGCCUACGCUUCGUGACAACGGAAAAGGCCCGUACAGGCGACGAGCUCUGCAUUAGCUAUGGACAUGUUGAUGGCAUGAGCCUCGAGGAGCGUAGGAGAUACCUCCAAGACGGGUGGUUCUUCCUUUGUCAGUGUAGUCGCUGCAUCAACGAGGUUAAUUUGCAGACGUCGGGGGACUCGGUCGACGUCGCAGGGCAACAGCACACAGAAUAGCACGGAUCUGCAUGAGUGGAUCCGAGAUGUCGCG